AUGUUGCGUAGCGGAAAACGUCUCGCGACAAACACGAAGGACAACACCGAAAUUGGCAAUUCUACCAAUGCUGAUGAAAUAGGCAAGAGCAAUUCUCAGCCUAUUCUUCUUGAUGACCCUGACCCUAAACCUUCUAGCGAAAACAGGAAGUCUACCGCUGAAAAAAAUAAGGAAAAGACUAUAGACUUAGAAGUAGAAGACGAUUCGGAAAUUGAGGCCGAAAUCGAUCGACAGUAUGGUACCCACGUCGAUCGACCGGUGAAGCCUCUCGUCGAUCAACAUUCAGAUAACCCUAUCGAUCGACGUUCCACUCAACCCGAACCAACAAUCGAAAGAGUCUAUAGAACCCUACCCCCUUUUCCUCCUAAACCGCAGACUAAGAAAUCAUUAGAAAAUGCGAUCUGCAAGAAAGCAUUGGAUAGAAUUACUGUGGAGAUGUCGCUUAGUGAUGCUAUGAAAAUAGCACCUUCGAUAAAGAAGUAUAUGAAGGAUAUGAUGUCUCCAAAUUAUCCAACUGCGGAACGAAGCGUGAAGAUGGUGUUAGAGGAAGUAAGUGACAUGAUUCAAGGAGAAACUCCAACUAAGAGGCCUGAUCCUGGUAGUUUCGUCCUGGAUUGCAAUAUACAGAACACACGUUUUCCUCCAUCACUAUGUGAUCUUGGCUCUAGCGUAAAUCUUAUGCCUUACUCCGUCGCAGUAACCUUGGUUCUAGCUGAUCGAUCUAUCAGGGUACCUGAAGGGAUUCUCGAAGACGUUCCCGUGAAAAUUAAUAAUUGCUUCGUGCCUACGGAUUUUGUUGUGUUAAAAUACAGACAGGAGCCAAAAGACCCCCUCAUUCUGCGUCGGCCAUCUACUGACAGGAACCAAAAGACCCCCUCAUUCUGGGUCGGCCAUUCCUAG